AUGGCUGUCCUCGUGUUCUCUGUGCUCGCUGUGCUGAUGGUGGCCGGUGGUGCGGAGGCGUUCGGCCCCGGGUACGACUCACCACCCGUCUACCGUCAGAAGAGCAGUCUUCAGUCACGGCGGCGUCCGUUCCAGUCCACCCUGAAGCCGAUCUCGCCGUAUGACGAUCCGCACCACGUCUACCCUCCGAGGCCGUACGUCGACCUCCCACUGAGGAGUUACCGAGAGUUUGAACACUCUCCCGACGAACUGCGGCGCCGGCCGUCGUACGGAGUCUCGCCCUACGAAGAACUCCUUCGAUCACUCCUCGGUGACUAUCCACGUCCUUCACAUGACGACUUUUCUCGGUUCCCCUACAGAGCGUAUUCUAACCGGCUGGAGGACGUCCUUCACGCACCUUACGCACCAGUCCCUCCAUCGUACGCCAGCGAGCUGUACGAGCUCUCCCGCUCCGGAAAAUACCUCCCACCUUCUCACAAAAGCCCCGUCCCUCCACCCAUCUACCCCACCAAGUAUCCUCAGCAGCCCAGGACGAGCUACAUCAAGCCGCCGGUGCUGUACCGGCCUUCCAACAGCACCACCACCACCUCCAGGCCAUACUCCUUCAGUUACGACCUCGUGGACGUCCGCGGCAACGACUUCGGCGCAGCCGAGGAGUCGGACGGCCGUCAGGUGCAGGGCCAGUACAGCGUGCUGCUGCCCGACGGCCGGCUGCAGACCGUUUCGUACGCGGUCGAGGGCGACUCGGGCUUCGUGGCCGACGUGCAGUACGAGGGCGAGGCGAGGUUUGUCAAUGAGGAUGGCGAGGAGGAGGGUCGCAGCUCGGUGAAGAUGGGCCGCGGACCCACUGGUGGGUACCGAGACAGCCACCACGUGUAG